AUGCCUCCAACGUCCCAUAGGACGAGGUUUUUCCGUCAUGAGUACACCGUCGGUUGGCUCUGCGCUGUAUCGGAAGUAGAGCUACCAGCAGCAAUGCAGAUGCUGGAUGUUUUUCAUGAUGAUCCUUAUGAUCCAGUACCCAGCAGCGACGACAACGCCUAUACUUUUGGCUCGAUAAAUGGCCACAACGUUGUCAUCGCAUGCCUCCCUCCCAACUCACCAGGGAAAGUGUCAGCAGCGAGACUAGUAGCGCCAUUAUCCCAAAGCUUUACCAACAUGAAAGUCCAUCUAUUCGUUGGUAUUGGCGCCGGUAUACCUCGGACCCCGUCUACCACAGAUGCCAAGAAGAACAUUCACUUGGGAGAUGUUGUAGUUGGCUGGCCGGCGGAAACGGGGUCUCCAAUUAUUGUUCAGUAUGACUUUCGGUAUGCUGAAUCUAGCGACGUCGGCGCCGGCGCCCAAAGACUACUUGGUCACGACCAAACACCAGAUCGGAGGCUGAUUAGUGUUCUUGGAAAGUUGUUGGGAGCAUAUUCAGCAGGGAGAACGAAAUUUCCAAAAAUUGAGGAAAGCUUGAAUGAGGAUUUCCAGCACCCCGGAUUAGAGCACGAUAGACUUUAUAAAUCAGAAUACGCCCAUCCAAAGGGCGAAAUUGACUGCUCAAAUUGUGACUCUGGCCACCUUGUAGACCGGCCUAAACGACAAACGACAGACUUUGUAUUUCAUCGAGGGACAAUUCUCUCUGGUGACAGUUUUGUAGGAGGAGCUGAACUUCGAGACAAACUCGCUAAUGUUCAUAAUACCGCUCUUUGUAUCGAAAUGGAAGCAAGCGGUGUUAUAGACCAAACACGCUGUCUUGUGAUUCGAGGCAUAUGCGACUACGCCGACACCCAUGUCAAUCGGAUGUGGCAAAAAUAUGCCGCAGGUACAGCCGCAGUUUUCGCGAAACAAUUCUUACAUACACUCCAACCUCAGGCUAUUGAAAGGUUUGAUACUAUACCCAGUACGUCACGAAGCAAAUCCCGCACUCGAAUAAAAGAAUGA